GUUCAAUGGGUUGGGAUCAAGAUAGACAACCCUAUUCAACCGUACCAAAACUUUCCAACCGGCAACUGAAGAGACACAUCGAAAACAUCUCCAUGAAACCAUGAAAUGUCUCAAUUCCAAUGUACAGCAACUCUUGGUAGUGUUGGGUUAGCAGCAGAUCCCUGUCCCCCCUGGAAAAUAUGCCUCUCCAGAGCAUUCAGGUUGGGAGCAGAGCUGAUUCCAGUUUCCAGAGGAAUUCAACCGUUCGGGUUGUUAAUCAAACGAAUUUCAGUCUUUAACUCGGCAGUAUCAUGAGUUAACUCUGGUUUGCAGCACUCCGGGUACGGUUCUCAUUUGCAUGGCAAGCCGUUUCCUUUACAGACUCUGUAGAGCUUCUCUUACCUCGCUCCAAAAUCACUGUUCUGCAAAUUCUCAUCCUGUCUGGUUGGUUUUCCAGCACCCCCACUCGAUUGUUUCUCCAUCCCAGUAUUCUUUUCAGUUCAAUCCAUGGAAGCCUUCUUGGGCUUUCAGGAAUUUGAGUCAUGGGUCUGUCAAUCUUAUUAUCUCCCAGGGAAAACCCAAGUUCGAGACCCACGAAAUCGAACCUCCGAAGAAGGAGAAAUGGAAGACCAAGAAGCAAUUGAAGCUGCAGCGGAAGAGGGAGAAGCAGAAGAGAAAAUCGGCUAAUAAAAGGGACCCACGACGUCUCGGCGUCAAGGGGAAGAAGAAGAAGCAAAAAUUCCCAAAUGCAGAAGCGAGAAUCAAGUACAAGAUUGAAAGAGCUAAAAUAAAGGAAGCUUUAUUGGUUGAGCGACUCAAGAGAUAUGAAGUUUCCAAACUUCAAGGUCCAGUUGUUGAACCAGAAAACCUGACUGGUGAGGAAAGGUUCUACAUGAAAAAGAUGGCCCAGAAAAGGUCUAACUAUGUACCAGUUGGAAGAAGAGGGGUUUUUGGGGGUGUUAUUCUCAAUAUGCAUUUGCACUGGAAGAAACAUGAAACGGUUAAGGUCAUCUGCAAGCCUUGUAAACCUGGUCAGGUGCACGAAUAUGCAAGGGAAAUUGCUCGAUUGAGUGGUGGGACACCAAUUCAGAUAAUUGGGGAUGACACGAUAAUAUUUUACAGGGGAAAGAACUAUGUUCAGCCAGAAGUUAUGUCGCCCAUAGAUACCUUAUCCAAGAAAAAGGCACUGGAAAAAUCAAAGUAUGAGCAGUCACUUGAGUCAGUGAGGCGCUUCAUUGCUAUAGCUGAGAAGGAACUAGAAUUGUAUUACAGGCAUGUUGCACUUUAUGGUGACCCGUGCAAUCGUGGUUCCCUAUCGUCUUUUGCUAGUCCAACAAAAGAUUCUAAUGAGCUAGAAAUCCCUGAAAAUAUAAAAUCAGAAAAGCUUGACUCAACUAGUAAUGGCUUCUCAGAAAACCUUUUAGAGAUGGAAGAAAAUUUCAGUUGCCAAAAGUUAUCAGAAACUGACCUUGAAUCUGAAGAUACAGACUUGUUAGGAAGUGACAUUGACUUUGAAGACAACAAUGAUUAUAGUGAAUUUGAAUCUGAUAAUGAAGAAAGUGAUCCACGAGAAGGCUCUGCAUCAGUUUUAGGUUCACCAGCGAUGGUUAGAUAGAGGUGGGGCUGAACCAAAAUGUAGCAAAUGACAGAUUAUGGAACUUGAAUCUUAGAUUGUACUGAGUUUUUCCUUUUUUGUUUAAUUAAAUGGAGGAGGUUAUCUGUUUUGUAACUAA